CACCUUACACCAACACCACAUCAACUCAAACCACAAGAACGAGUCAAAUGAGAUGUACACAGAGGGAAGCAACACGCCAUAUCCACUCCAAGCCAGCCAAUUAUCGAAGAUGAUUCACCACUACCAAGACCCUCAAGAACCGACGAACAGCCCCUCUACAGAAAUAUAACUGAUAUAUAUACACUGGAUAAAAACUCGGAAGCCAGCCAUCUACAACCAUAAACCUACAGGCCCUAAUAGAACGGCAAAAGGAACCCUACGAGUCUCCUGUACCACACAGCAUAUCCACACCAAUAAAAACAAUCCUUCUACAGAAGUACAUUCCCGAUCCAUCAACAACAAGCCACCAUCUCCAGCUAUUCUUCGUUUGCAACCACGUGACUAAAAAUGUUUACGUCAUCAGCGUCGCCAUUGCUGGUGGACCAAACACCAAAACAAAAUGGCGACCGCGAACAUUUCUUCGGUCAAUAGCGUCACUUUCUCUGAAUAUUACUCUUCUCUAGCUGGUCCAACCAAAGAAAGAUACCGAGAAAAAGUUAAUUUAUGUGGUUUUGACCCAUAUUUACUCAAGCCAAGUCAAUGUAGCGAUGAUUUAGCUGAUUUUCCCUGCGUAGAAUACCCUGACAUUGUGAACUAUCUUGUGCUACAAACCUCGUGGGCAACAGGACAGCAAAUGAAGGCCUACAAGUCCUUAGAAGCAUACAAUUUCUUUGUUUCUGGAUGGGUCAACAGCAUUUUAACUAAAAAAGUCACUUCCUCAACGAGAAUCCUUGUUACUGGUAGAAUAAAUCAUUCUCAACGAAGUAGAGCUACUCCACUGAAGAGUUGGUUUCUAGCAGAGAAAAGCGGCGAAGUCAUAGUUGCUCACUGUAACUGUAUGGCGGGUCUAAGCGAGGCUUGCUCACAUAUUGGAGCUCUAUUGUUUGCAGUUCAGGCUGGAGCACGAAUGCUUAGCUCUACAACCUGUACACAAGAAAAAGGCAAAUGGAUAAUGCCAAGUUACGUUAAAGAAAUCCCAUAUAUGCCUGUUAGUGAGAUGGACUUAACUUCGGCUAAGCGUCUGAGAAAACAAAUUGACGAACCAGAAACGGUUAAAUUAACUAGUAUUAAACAACGAUCUGACAUUGAAAUGCCUUCUAUUGAAGAGAGAACUGAUUUCUAUAACGAACUAUCAGGCCAUUAUGAAGUAUUUGAGUGCCUUACUGUCAGUGAUAAAGAAGCAGAAGCUAUAGAAAGAGCAUCACCAGAUGGUCUAGUAAUGUGUGAUUGUUGUGGCAUUGGACUGUGCGAAAUAAAGUGUCCAUACAAGCAUCGAAAUACCACAAUAGCAGAAUCUUUGAAUGACAAGGGAUUCUGUUUACACAUGACAGAACGUGGCAGUAUACAACUUAACACCAACCACCAAUACUACCACCAAGUGCAGUGUCAGCUAUUUGUAACAGAUACUGCCUAUUGUGAUUUUGUUGUUUGGACAGAAGAAGAUUUGUUUUGCCAGCGUAUACUCCCUGAUCAAGAAUUCUGGAACACAAACUUACCAAAAGCUAUAUCCUUUUUCAAAAAAGGAUUGCUACCUGAAGUUUUAAAGAGCAUCUGCUGCGAACCAUCUGAAUUAGCACAAGACAGUGAUGAAGAUGGGCCAUGGUGUUUUUGCCAGGAGGACAUUGAAGAGAGCAUGCUAGUUAGAUGUGACAAGACAAACUGUUCUAUUAAGUGGUUUCACAUGGAUUGUGUUGGACUUAGUAUUGUACCAAAUGGUGAAUGGAUUUGAACUUACUGCUUAGAGUUAAGAUAACUUAAGUUCUCUGAGCAAACAGCUCAGUAACAUGUUUUUAAACAGUAUUUCAGUGUUGUACACAAUGUUACUGAAUGAUAGUUAAUGUGAAUAAUUAUAACAGCAUGCCUACAGCAUAUUUUUGAAAAAAACUUUACACAAAAUAUCAUAAUAGCAUACUUAAAAUUAGUUUUAAUAAUCAUUUGAUUGUGUAUUUUGAACUGUACAAUACAUCAGUUUUGAAUUUUCUUUUAAUCAGUAUUUCAAUACUAAAUGAAAUAAAAUAUUGUUUGUAAAAUGA